AUGGCGCUCUUUUCCAAACGUCUGACCUGCUUUUACUGUGGGCGGCGCGCUUCCCAGCCCGUUCGGGGGCCGGUUCGCAAAUUCCACUGUGAACAUUGCGAGGCCGAUAACUAUCUGGACCAGAAUGGAGAUAUAACAGAUCCUCCGGCGGAGGACACAAAUCGCACGAUCCCGGGACCCGACGUCUCGAGCCCGCCCUUCGGAUCGACUGAUUUCACAAAAUCCAAUUUGUUUUGUUCGCAAUGUAUCCGCAACCAGCAUUUGUUUCGAACAUCACUAGCCGGCUAUUUCCCGCCUUCCGAUGACCCAACAGAUGCCGAAUAUGAGCGCGGCUACGAGCAGUUCAAGAAAGGCCUCGAGAAUACAUACCCCCAAGUGUGCGAUGCCUGCGAGCCCGGUGUUCGGGAAGAAAUUCGUAAGAAGGGGUACGAAGCUAAGGCAGACCAUCUUCGGCGCAUGAUGGACCGCAGCAGAGCAAGCAAGGCCUUAAGGCAGGUUAGGGAUCGCAGUUGGCAAAGCUUGCUUGUUUACGCCGGCGCCUUUGGAUACUGGACCAGUGUUGGUGGCCAGCUUGCAUGGGAUGUGACGAGUGCUUUGACCAGCCCUUAUCCACAGUACGAUCUCGGAAUGUCUUCAGACGAGCCGGUGUCUGUCUUGUCUUGUGUGAGGCAGGCAGUUCUGGUGCGACGUCUUCCAAGUGAAUGCUCGUUUGACCUGGCCCCUACAGCAGGCAUUGCGCUUGUCGCGGGGAGUCUCUCGCUAUGGUGGAACCCGAAGUUGCGCAUGAAGAUAGAGGGGAAAAACGGCAGAUUUGCUGGUCUUGGGGAGUACUACCAGGUGCAGCUCAUUGCACUUGUAGCGCGGUGUGUUUUCUGGGCACUGCUCAAGGACCCAUCUGCAAGCGGACUUGAGCCUACAUUACCUCCCGCCUUGCAUAUUUUUAUGAUCAUUUUCACACUCCUGUCAGUCGUGAUUUCACGUCGUGUUGUUGAUUACAAUACCCGGCCGCUGGUGGAUUGGUCCGACGACUCUUGGGAGAAGCCCUUACGAAGCGCCGGAGCAUCUCCUAUACCCGGCUCCAGUGCCUCAAGGUCUAAUAUCACACCGAGGCCCGCCAGCGGCCCAAUCGACCAGCGGUUUCCAUUGGAGAGAUUGACAUCAGAUUUGCCUUCAGCGAGAAAGUCGCCAGCAUUUCCUACUCCUCCCCCAGAGGUUGACGAAAUGGAAUGGACUCCAUCAGCCCCUCAGCCAAUCAUUCAACCGACAGUGAGUGUCUACCAGCGGAACCAGCCUUCGGUUUUUGAUGGUCCUUCCCCGUUCACUGGCAGCCUUCCUGCCGCUCCUAAGCCACCAGCGUGGAAUCUCCGCGCUCAAACCUCGACAAAGCCAAUUGAGCAGGUCGUUCAACCAAACCCAUUCCACAAAAGUCCAUCCAACCCACCAAAGCAGUGGCAGGCGAAUCCCUUAAGCCCGGAACCGGCGUUUAGGCCCCCGACAUUCUUUCCAACGAGUGAUUUCAAUACAUCAACUGGGUUGGAAACAUUAUUCGAGCGUGCCUUCGACAUUGACCCUGAAGGGCCUAAGAGGGAUUGGAAUCAAUCAACACCCAACCAGAAACCAUACAUCCGUCCUUCAAGCCGUCUUGUGUUUCAGUAUCUUCGACUAGCGCUGUUGUUGGGAUCCAUGGCCGCCUGGACCUUCUCCCAGAAUCACCAACUUUCAAUUCCAGGAAAUUACAUCGAAGCUUGUGCUUUAGGUAGUGCAAGUCUGAUUGCGGGCUUCGCUCUUUUGGAAGCGGUGAAAAGGCCUCUGGCUCAUUGGAAUGGCAUGGAAAUCUUAGUCUAUAUUACCGAGCUUGCAGCAGCUGUUCACCUCGGAGCUCAUCUGCCACAAGCAUCCUACGAACGAGAAUACUUUGACCGCUAUGGCAAACUGCUACUCAUAUUCAUGGCUGUUCAGGAAGGCCUUGGAGUGUUGGCCUCCUACAAAGAGGCGUCAACUCUCGCGUACCCUGAAAAUCAUCAAUCGAACAGCCCCAUGAUACAACAGCCUGUGUCACCGCAACCCUCGUCACCGCAACUGUCGUCACCACAUCAAAAUGCUCUUGCUUGGUCUCCAACCCAUUCCACGUUCAGCAGCCCUCCUCCAGCUCCUUCCAUCGCAUCGCAUUCAGAAGCCCCCUCCCUUUCUUUUGCAACCACUGCUGGCAGCUCCAGCUUCUCUUCAGGAUUAUCUUCUACAUUGCCACCUGCUCCAAAUUACCGGAUCCCUUCUUCCCAGAGUGUGAAUCGCUUUCCGUCACCUCGGAAAAACCCACACAGCUUCACGAUGAGUGAUCUCCGAGAGAACGACCCACCUUCAGACUAUGAUCAAGACUCGGAUAAUGAGACUGUGGCCACUACCGCUACGACCAUGACCGAUGCUACCACCCGCAACAUUCGGUACGGCCGAUAUCCCAACUCGGAGUACAAUUCUCCCUUUUCUCCAAGAAGAAACGAACUUGGUCCUGGUAUUGGCGGUCUGAGUUUGGAGGACCGUCCUGCUUCUCGGCGCAUUACACGCAGCCAAACACAGCAAGGCCUAAUGGGGCGAAGGCUCCCAGGUCGUGCUAUCAGAUGA